AUGAAGACAAACCCUAAUGUCGGCCUUGAAGAGAUCCGUGAGCACUUGGAGAUGGUAUGGCUCUUGUUGGGCAUAAAACAAACAGGUGGAGACAAAUUGUUUGUUGCCAUCAAUUCCUCAGAAUCAGUGGGCGCCAUGAAAAUAACAGAAACAAGUCCUGCAACUGAAGCUUCACAUGCACAAAAAAGAGACCACAGCAUUUACAUCAGCAACAAACUGGUGAAGACUGUUGCUUUGGAAGCUUAA